UAGUGGACUUUAGACAAGAAGAAAUGUGGGCUGAAGGUAGAUGUGAAUAUGAGCGGCUUCCUAGACAUCGCCUCCCCCCACGUGAUUAUCCUCCUGAUGGAGACCAUCGUAGAGUGGUAAAUGUGGUUGGUCAUAGAAGGUCAGAGGAGAACUCUUUUCAUCAUUACGAAGAGUACAGUGAUCCUGAUUAUAGAGAUUAUGAAGAAGGACAUGGGUACCCUGAAAGAAGAGGUGGCUUCCAUUAUAGAGGUGAAGAACCAGGUUACAGAUGGCAGCGUGGUGGUCCUUGUUUGAGUCAGCAUCCUGAAUACAGGGAAAGUAGAGAGGGCUUCCGAAGAAAGCCACUUUAUCAUCCAGGAGCCUACAUGAGGGAACGUUCACCACACAGAAGAGAGUCGCCCUUCUUCAGAGAAUCUCCCGUAACGCGAAAGGAUUCUCCGCCUAGUAGAUCGGGCUCCAGCGUCAGUAGCAGAAGCUAUUCCCCGGAGAGAGGGAAAUCCUACACCUCCCAUCAGCAUAAUAGAAGUAAGGAGAGACCUCCUGCUCAUCCUCUAAAAUCUUCCAAAGAGGCCUCACCAUCAAGUUCGUCAGGCAUUCCUCUAUCGAAGAGUGCAGAAUUAGAUAAAGAUACCCAAGCGUCUGACAAUAUGAUUGGAGAAACCGCAUACAAAUCUUUUGCCUCAAAAAUGGAGAAGGUAUCUGAAAGCCGCCCAUCUCAAGUUACAGAUGAAUAUGCGAAAGCCACUGGGUCUACAACUGUAUCGUAUGGAGAUCAGUCUGCAGAAAUGGAGCCUAAUGUAUCUGAUCUGUAUGAAGUAAGUCCGCAUAACAGCCGUGCCAAAGCAAUCGCAGCAAAGACUAAGGAAAUUGAAGAGGUAUACAGACAAGACUGUGAGACAUUUGGCAUGGUUGUGAAGAUGUUGAUAGACAAAGAUGCGUCUCUUGAGAAGCAGAUCCAAUACGCCUUAAAACAGAAUUUAAGUGAGAUUGGAGAGCGCUGUAUUGAAGAGCUGAAAAUGUUCAUCGCAGAAUAUGAUGCAGCACAUCCAGAUCUGGCAUAGCAUGUGAAAUGUACUGAUCAUGAUGACAGAUUUUAAAUCAUAUACCUUACAGCAUUUAACCCACAUAACUAUUUUGAAACAUUGAAAUUGUCUGGAAGGCUUUCUUAGAUUGUAUACAUAGGAUUUUUUAUAUAUAUGUUUAGUAUACGGUUGUUACAUGUAAAUACUAUAUGAUUAUAUAGAACUAAAAUGUGUGUACUUUGGCGGUACAUGUUUCUUGAAAAGAAAAAAAAAAAAAUACACAGAUUCUGUCAUUUUGCAGCAUUGUUUGGAAACCUUCUCUUAUGUACAUAGUACUUACCAGGACCUAAAUUUGUUUGUCAUUUUUGUUUUUAUGAUUAUCUGUGGGAUAUAAGGUUAUUAAAAUAUUUUGUGUUUUUAUUUAAAAAAGAAAAUAUGUAAGGUAUUUUUUGGCACAGUAUUUUUUUUGUUUUGUUAUUUUUAUCAUAAAAAAGGAAUUUUAUGGGAUAUUUCUAUUUAAAUUGAGGUAUGGGGGGGGGGGUUUUGCAAAUAUUACCAAACUUUCAGGAAGAUAAUGGCACUAGUGAUAUCAUAUUUAAUACUAUUGAUGUGGCACGUGUAACUGCGGUGAAAAAACCCAAGAUGUAACGGUGUGUAACUUUUUUGUGUAUUACAUGUGUCUUGUUAGGCUUUUAAGAAUUUCAAGUGUUUACUGCAAAGCAGUAAGAUCAUCUUUUCUUAAUACUGUAAUGGAAGGGGGGGGGGCAAGAUGUCAGGAACCAGUAAAAAAAAUAA